AUCACAUGCUGCCUGCCACACAGCUAGAAUCUCCCCCUGGCCCAUUCAGGCCAGUCUGCGACUGCUGGCCUCUCCCUGUCAAUGUUGAGCCGCAAGCAGCUGGUGCAGGCAGCACAGCUAGCAGAACAAUGUGGCAGGUACAAGGACAUGGCCACUGCCAUGAGGCAGCUUGUGAUGGAAGGGAAAGAUCCACUAACCCACGAGGAGAAGACCCUGCUUUCUGAGGCCUACAAGCUCCUAGCACAGGAGCGGUGCUCUUCUUGGCGACGGCUAAAGCACUCAGUGGAGCAAGGGGUCGGAAAGCAGAAGGAACAAGCACAAGCUUACCGCGAGACCAUAAAGAAGGAGCUGGAAGCAGAGUGUUGGGAGAUCCUCGGCCUCUUAGACCACGUACUGCUGAAGCACUGCAGUGACACAGAUUAUGAAAGCCGGGCAUUUUACCUGAAGAUGAAAGGGGACAACUACCGCUUCUUAGCUGAGGUGGCCCUGCCCGAUGUCAAGGAGACGCUUGUGAAAUCAGCGCAGAAAGUUUAUGGGGAGGCUCAGGAAAUCAGUCAGUGGCAUUUGGAACCUACUCAUCCUUUGGCAUUGGCUGUGGCUCUGAAUUACUCCAUCCUUUAUUAUGAGGUUCUCAACAACCCUCAGCAGGCAACCAAACUGGCCAAGGCUGCAUUCGAUAAGGCAAUCGCUGGACUGGAGACUCUCAGCCUAGAGUAUUACAAGGAAUCCACAGUCAUCAUGCAGCACCUGAGGGACAACAUUGUGCAGUGGACUGGUACCCAACCACAGCAGGAGGAGAGCAACAGGGGAGAGCUUGAAGGCUAAUAACUAGAGUCCUGAAAUUGACAUUUUAACCACAGUGAAAUGAACCAUAGAAUCCAAUGAGGAGCA